AUGGGAAAUGACACUAUGAGUAAAGCACUCAACCAAAUUUCCAAGUCAUCUUUCAUGCGCUGGAUUGAAGGAGGGAGACUUCCUCGGCGGUUCAUUCAACCAACAUUCACCUUGUAUAACGGUAGAACAUACCCUAUAGAGCAUGUUAGCUACUUCAAUCAAAUGAUGGCUGUAAAUUCCAAGAAUGAAGCCUUGAUGUGCAAGGUAUUCCCACCCAGCCUAGGGCUUGUGGCGAUGAGGUGGUUUGACAGUUUGAGAGUAGGUUCCAUUGAUUCCUUUAAGGAACUCACCCAAGCGUUUGGGUCCUGCUUUAUUACAUGCAGUAGGGUUCCUCGACCUUUGGCUUCCUUAUUAUCUUUGUCCAUGAGAGAAGGAGAAACCCUGAAAACAUAUUCGGACAGAUAUUGGGAGACGUUCAAUGAGAUAAAUGGUGAUUUCGAUGAUGUAGCCAUCAGUACUUUCAAGCUCGGCCUACCUACCGAGCAUGGUUUAAGGAAGUCUUUGACUGGGAAGCCUGUUACCAGUAUACGCCAUCUCAUGGAUCGGAUUAACAAGUAUAAGAGGGUUGAAAAAGACCAGCAACAAGAUAAAGGGAAGGGAAAAGUUAUCCCUUAG